GGACCCUGGGUUGGUGUUUUCACCCGCGCAAUGGGUUGCGAGUUUUCGCCAUGGAAGUGUGGAACUGGGCGCGGCGCUGCUGUGGGCGGCGACACCGCCCGGUGAGUUUGCCAGGCGCUCCCAGCGCUUACGUGGCCUCCCUGCGGCCGAAUGCAGACGCUGAGCUCGUGGCCACCUGGCAGAGGCGCUUGGCCACUGGUUAUUGGGAGAUCUUGGGCGACAGCCUGGAGGAGCAUGAGGCCGGCUUCCGUGCAAAGCGGGCCGUUUCGGCGGGGGAAGCCGUGCUCUUCGAGGCCCCGCGGGCGUGCGUCGCCGCGGGGCCGCAGGCCUGCGAUGAAUUGGCGCGACGUGUCGCGAAGGACCGGGAGGUUUUGCAGCUGCCCGGCGGCCGCUUUACCGGAGAGGAGGACCCUUUGCGGUCCAUCCUCUCCUCCAACUGCCAGCUUUGCAGCCGCGAGCCCCGCUACGUCGCGCUGUUCUUGAAAUGCUCGCGCCUGGUGCACUCCUGUUGCCCCAACGCCUACGUCGACUCCACUCGGUCACACGCCGUGGUUCGCGCACUUGAUGAUUUGCCAGCCGGGGCGCAGGUCUCGGUGUCCUGGGUGCCUGUGAGCCUCUGCUUCGAGGCGCGGAAGGCGCAGCUGGGCCAAGGCUUCGCGUGCGCCUGCGCCCGCUGCGCAGAAGAGAGGACUGAGGACCCGCAGCUCCGGGUCCCCUGCGCCUGCGGAAAGGCGACGUUCCUCUCCGAGCAACGGCGAUGCGCCUGCGGCUUCAGGUUCGAGCCCGCGGAAUGCCAGCGGCAUUUGGCUGAGGCGUGCAAGGCGAACGAGUUCAUGGCCAAGGACGGCGCUGCCCGAGGCAAUGAGAUACAGAAGGCGAUGGCCCUAGAGACGAGGAUGCAUACUGCAACCGCUUCCAAGUCGAUACCACCACGCCACCCGCAGAUUCUGCAGCUGGCCAACAAUGUCGCCAACUGCUACUUCUAUGCUGCAAAGAUGCCUGGAAAGAACCAGGACGCUUGCUGGGAAGGCUUCUGGAAGUACAAGACGCAGUACAUGUCUGGCCUGGAGGCGAAUCACGGCUCUACCAAGCAGCGGGAUCUCCACUACCUGCUGAGCUUGCGCCGCAUGCUGUCCGCCAAGUUCCCCACACCGGCGGAGAGACUUCAGUGCCAAGAGAAGUACACGUCGUUGUGCCUGCUGCAUUUUGGUGAGCCGGACAUACCUCAAUCCAUCCUCUUGGACUCAAAUGUCAUGUAGUGUGGCGAAAGAUCCGUUCCUAUCAGGGCUCCCUAUAUUUCCAACCUA